AUGUCAACAUCUUUCGCCAACUAUCUCCUAGCGGCUGUCAGCACCGUCACGAUCCAUCCCGUACGUCGCACGAAGGACAAAAUGGAUAUACUCAUGAAGAGUGAGUUGGGCCUGCAAGAGCAAGAUCCCCGGGUUCUGUGGGAGGAGGACCUGCAGCCUAAGACCUCCAUCCUUAAAAUCCUCAUUCCUCUAUCAAAUCUCAAGAAAUCGGAAAUCAAGAGGAUCACUUACAUCAAACAAGUACCGGGAAGCCAAACUCAGAUACACAGGGCUCCCGUUUUCGAUAAGGAAUGGCGACUCAAGAAUGCUUUUCAGAAGAAACGCAAGGUGCCAGCUAGGUGUACCCGGUUGCAGGCGGCUCAGACUGAGUCGCAGAUAGAUACUGACAUAGAAAUUGAAGGGGAUUCCAUGCUAGAGACGGAGGGCAGCUUGGGGCAGCAGGCUUUCGUCAAGGCUGGAAUGAAAAGAGCAAAGCCUGUAGGACAAACGGAGGAAAAGAAUCGGGAGCGUCUUUUCCGGGCAGUAUACUAUCACAUGCGCGAACUGCUCAAGGAGCAAGUCCAAGAGCACAGUGUUGAUGGAUCGCAGCGCUCGCACAUUUUGCCCUUCACAGAGAUAGCAGAUCUCCGGUACUGGUCUUCAGAGUUUGCCACCAAUCCCAUACCAGAUGCUACCGAUUCAUGGAAGCCUGAUCUCGUCCUCCUGGAUUACAGGCUCAGAAAGUUCAGUUUCUCGCAAAAGUCCUGGAAAGAUGUCCUCACAGGAGUUGAGAUCACCCAAUCUGACCUCUCUGUCGAUCGCAAAAUACCUUUGUUCUUGGGGGUUGCUACCAAGGGCUAUCUGAUGAUGUGGGAGCAACCAUGGUGUCGUUUCAUCCUAAUUUUUAGUAUCUCUAAGUUCAAACUUCGUGCCCAUUAUAUGGAUCGCUCCGGCAUGGUGAUCUCAAAACCACUCCCGAUCGUUACAUCCCCCGUACAUUUUGUCGACAUGUUGAAUACCAUUAAUUUAGCAAAUCGCUCUUCCCUUGGCUUUGAUCCAACAACACCAUUCCAACUCACGCUAAUUUACCGAAUGGCUUUGAUGCCAUGCUUCCCGGGGCGAUAG